CCCUGUGAUGGAAUUUUUCCACAGGCAGUGCGUCGAGCUCGCCGCUGUUUGUCUCAUUGGUUCGGCUUCUUUUCCAAUCGUCGGUCGUUCUUAGAAGAGUCGCCUGGCGGUAACCGCACAGGCGUCCAACGGGUUGACUUGCGUCUUAUUUCUGCUGCCUUCCUCCGCCGGGAAUGGACCCUGCGAGCCGGUACCAAGUGUUGCACAAUGAGGACGACGGGUCCGAGGCCUCCACCAGUGAGGAGCGGCCGUCCACAUCUGCGGCCACCAGCGCCCCCGCACAGGAACCGAACCAGGCUCAGCCCCCAGCGUUAGCGGCGGGAGAGGCAGCAGCAGCAGCCAGUUCUGUGGGGGAGGCGGAGAUGCCGCCUCCUCCUUAUGCCUCCAUCGACCUGGGAGCAGCUGCCGCAGCACCUGAAACGUGUUUUCAAGGCGACUUUCCGGUGCCUCCGCCCUACAGCGUCGCUACUUCCCUCCCCACGUAUGACGAGGCAGAAAAGGCCAAAGCAGCAGCCAUGGCUGCUUCUGCCGUGGAAGGGAUGCCCAGGGACGACGACUUCCCCCCCAGAGACGACUUCAGUGAUGCGGAUCAGCUCCGAGUCGGGAAUGAUGGCAUUUUCAUGCUAGCUUUUUUCAUGGCCUUCCUGUUCAACUGGAUCGGCUUCUGUCUGUCCUUCUGCCUGACCAACACCAUCGCAGGACGCUACGGCGCCAUCUGUGGGUUCGGCCUCUCCCUCAUCAAGUGGAUUCUGAUUGUUCGGUUUUCUGACUACUUCACCGGCUACUUCAACGGUCAGUACUGGCUCUGGUGGAUCUUCCUGCUUCUUGGACUGUUGCUCUUCUUCAGAGGCUUCGUGAACUACCUAAAGGUUCGCAACAUGACAGAGAACAUGGCCACCUCUCACAGAACGCGCCUCUUCUUCCUCUACUGAAGGUUUGCACAGCAUUCCUUUCCAAUGUGAACCCCGCCCCUCCCCUCCCCUCGAAUGACCUGAGCGACGAACCUGAAAGCGAAGAGGAGGAGGAUGAGGCGGCGAGUUGCAAGUUUUUUGUUACGUGUUUUCCUUUAAAUUAAAGCUAGUCCUUUUUCUUUUUUUUUGGUGCCGUUCUGACAAAUGAAUCGAUGCAAAUUAAGUAAAUUUACGCAGGGAGCAUAAAGAGGAUCCUAAAGGAGCGGCCG